CGCUGCCCUCAGCGCUCGGCAGCCGGGGCGGGGCCGGCCUGCGGGACGCCCGGCACCCGGCCGGCGGAGCCCGGCGCCUCUCCGGGCCGGUACCGGGCUCUUCUCGGUUCUCUGCACCGCCGCCAUUUGCGGGGGGCCGCGGCCGGGCGAGCUGCGUGAGUGAGUGAGCGAGCUCGGGCUUCUGGAGCGGCUCUUGGAACCCCAUGGAGGCAGGUCCGCGGCGGGGCGCCGAGCCGCUUCGCUAGCGGCGUCCGGCCUCGCCUUCCGGCUCUUUGUACCUGUCUGGGGAAUAAUGUGGAGGUCUCUGCUUUAUAAAAUCACCCGGUGCCUGUCUGUGAGACAGUGUGGAGGUUCCCUCCUUCAUAAAGUGACUCAGUGCCUUGCCAUGCAGCGCUCCGGGUGCUGUGUGUGUGUAAACAAUGAGCAGCCGUGUUUAUUGCUUCGCUGUAGCUGCAUGUAUGGCUGGCUUCUAUCAGCCUUCUCUUCAAAAGCCAUUUAAAGGGGGGCUUACUGUGAAUACGCGCUGUUACCGCUUUGUGGAAAACCUCUUCUUCAUUACUAGCGUUACAGCUUGACAGCUGUGUUUGGGGAUCUUUCUUAUAACGCUCAACGGUAAUGUGUAGUUUAAAACAUCAAUUUUAUUGCUGUCUUGUUCGUUUGCUUCUGUUUUAAAAGAAUGCUGAUCUUUUAAGAAUGUGUAUUUUAAUAAAAUGUUGAUUUUAGAAUGGAGCUCUUUGCUCUUCAGCCUGUUUAAACUUCUAGUUAUUUGGAUAUAUGGAAAGAUACUUCAUGGAGUAUAAUUACUUUGCCUUUUAUACAAAGAAGAAAUUUCUUUGGUUAUUCUGAAUAUUAGGAUAAAAUUUGAAAUUACAAGUAAAAAUAGGUUGCUCUCAGGAACUGCUAAGGUUACAUGCUCGAUUUCCAUUGCUGUUAAUAAUUUUGCCCAAAAGUUGGAGUAGUUUGUGGUCAUAGUAUAUUAAAUCAAAAUUGCUUAAAUGAGUUUAUUUGCUUUAAAAGAUAGGGGUAGAAUAGGUUCUACUUGUAGGACUGCUGACAUCUUUCUAAGGCUUUAAAUACAUCAUUUGUUACCAACAUUGCAAAGUAUAGCUUAUAUUAUAGAUUACAAACUUUCUCAUUCCUGAUUUCUGACAUAACUGUCAGUUUGCUAUAGACAGCUGAUUUAUUUUAUUGGUAAGUACUUGUGAUCCCCCCCCAAAAAAGUAUUGCAAAAGUCCUGGCUUGCUUCCUUUGUUUCCUCUGUCACAGGGUGGUCCAGCAAUUACAAAAGUUUUCUGGGCCUUGGGGAAAUUUGGUUUCAGUUUUCUGCUCUGUAGCAGACUUCCUGGUGAGUGUUUCUACUCUGCCAGGGUCCUGCUUGUGAAAUGGCCAUCUACCGCUUCCUUUGUCACAAGGGGUGUUCGUUAGAAAGUGCCUAGAAAGUAUAUUUGUCUAUGUACCCCAAAAAAAGAGUACGUGGAGGUUAUCCUUGUCCGUGGUACAUAUUUGUAGUGUAUAUACAAUGUGUAUUUGGUGCUGCCUUCCCUCUCGUGACACUUCUGUGCUCCAAGGCCCCUGUCAAAGCAUCCUAUCAACAGCAAUAAAACCAAGGAAGCUUCCAGCAGUGCUGCUAGGGUUUUAUUGAGGUGGUUUGAUUCGGAAAGUGAUGAUCAAGUGUAUAGUUCUGUUCACGAAAACAGGCUUAUGAGGUGGUGUCACUCGGACACUUCAUAGUCAACAUCCUCUGGAGACAGCCAGGGAGCUUUGUUCAAAGCUCAGUUCUGCGCUGAUUAGAGGAGUCCCUGGGCUUCCUUGUGUUCUGCCCAGCUCAGAACUUGUUUUCUCCUGCACUUCUACUCUGCUGAUUUACUGGAACACUGAUUCAGUUGAAUAGCAAGAGAGAGGUGAUGCUUGAGAUGACUGUUUUUGUCUGCUUCCACUAAAAGCAGAUAAUCCAGCUGUCUCCUCUGUACGAACAUGGAAGCUGGUUUGUAAGUGGAGGUAGUGAUGUGACAGGGCUAUCUAGUCGCUGCUUCUGUUUCAGAUUAAAUGUUUACUUCUCUUCAGUUGCCUUUAAGUUGUCUUAAAAACGUAUCUAACUGCUUAAAAAAUAGUAAUAAAAAUGUUUUAUUGGCUUUCUAAAGAAAAAAAAGUGUAGUUAAAAUCUGGGCCUAGUAAUGCUUGCAACAAAGCAGGUACUCAAAGCCUGCAUGAAUCCUAGUCCAGACAGAUCUGUGGUAGCCAAGUCAGAAGGCUGGUGAGCCCCUGAAAAUGAUGAAACUGGAAAUAAGUACUGUGACUACCUUUCAGGUCCCCUGCCAGGUUUUGGGGUUUUGAAAUUCCAAACUAUUCUGUUAGCAUGCCUUUUUUCUGCUCCAGUUGUAUAUGGAAGUUUCAUAAACAGGAGGAAUUAAUGGGAUGGGUGAAUGCUGGAGUGCUGUCAAACAAGAGUGAACAAAUUAGAGGGAGUUAUUGUCUUCCACCCACCACACCUGGUCUGCUCUGUAGUUUAAAGUUCUGCUGUAAUAAGCUUGUAGAAUGUUUCAGAAUAAAGUGGGCUGAUUAUUUGUUUUGGGGGGAUUGUUUCAAAGAAAUGGUUACCUAAAAUUAGACUAUAGAACUAGUAGCAAGGUUUUUUUUUUUUUUUUUUAAAUGCAGCUUUGUAGUAGAUUUUAGGUGCCUGUUUUUGAAAGUUGUAGUUAUAUCUAUUAAAAUUACUUUCAAGUUCUGUUUAAGUCAGUUAAGGCAGUUUUGUUACUUCGAAAAAUUGAGUAAAUGGUUUUUCCCUUUGAUUCUGAAUUAAUUUUAGAGCAUCAGACCAAUAGUGAGUCAAACCAAGUUCCUAAAUUUUCUAAGAGCGAUUUCUAGCUGUGGGAUGUUCAGAUGGUGAACUCCUUGUCCCUACUGGAGAUCUUGGUGCUAUGAAAGCCAACUAUUAACAGACCUACGCAUUAAUGUAUGCAAGGCUUUUUAGUUAGCAACGCCAUUGUCAAGUACGCAUUUUAUGUAGCUUAAUGGUAUGUUUCAAACGUUAUCAGAUAAAAUACUGGCAAUUCUAGCAUUUGAUCUCUUCAGAAAUCAACUAAAGAGAGAACUGGUGGGGAAGGAGAAAAGAACAGGGGAAAAAAACUGAGCCAGUGUGUUAUUUUUUGGUCUGCCUUCGCCUUGCCCACGUGAGUAGCAGACCCGGGGAGGGCUGGUAGCUAUGGAAAGCUAGGCUAUGCGAGCAAGUUCCCUAUGUGGGAAAAUAUUGCUGGAUGUCAGGAGCAUGACAUCAGUUGUUGAAUUGCCAGUUAAGACUGUGCUUAUGGAUGAAUCAAUGCCAACAUCCCUCAACUCAAAAUUCACUGUAGUUCCACUUUCAUUAUCGGGGGGGCUCGUUGCUCUCUGGUCUCAGUUUCCUAAGCUUUGAAACGAGCUCUGUUUGUUGAAGUAUGGCAGCGGCUGCUGUUUAUUCCAGCAGUAUGUGCUGCUUAUUCUAGCAAAGAAUUAGACUGCUUUGCUAAUGCUUCUGCACUACUGAGUCAAACCUCCUCUAAGCAAGAACAAAUGUGAUGCACAAGCCAGUGAAAGCAUUAUGGCUCUGGGACAAGUGAAGCAAAUUUAGAGAAAGAUGACUUAAUGGAAAUGCCUUUUUUCUAAUAUUCAGAAGCUAGUGCGUAAAGAGCAGAAGCCAGAGAUCUUAUUUCUCAUUAACACCACAAAUUCAUGGGAGGUGCUAGCAUUCAGAAAGCUACAGUGUUUAGGUCUGUAACUUUUGAUUUAAAAACAUGAGGGAAACACUUGCCAGUAGCAGUGGAAAUACCCUCCUACCCUAUUGACAUAGAAUUAUAGGAUGGGUUGGGUUGGAAGGGACCUUAAAGAUCACCUACUUCCAACGCCCUGCCAUGGGCAGGGACACCUCCCACCAGACCAGGCUGCUCAAAGCCCCAGCCAGCCCGGCCUUACCAUCCAACCUGAUAUGAGGAUUUGGGGGCUGCAGGUGGAAUGGCAAAGAGCAGUGUUUUAGUAGUAUGUGCAGAUAUUUCCUUUUGAACUGGCAUUAGCUGUACCUGUGACUCUGCUUUUUGUCCUUAUUUCUUAUGUGUAGGCCACUAUACAACUGAAAACUCAGUUCAGCAUAGUAAACAACCCCAAAAUGAGAGAUUUGUUGAUGUUUUGAUUACAGUGUAGCUAAGGAUAUUUUCAUUUUAGUUUAGGCAUGUCAAUACAGUUGUGUGGAAUAUCUCUUACUGCUGCUGAAACAAGAGCCAUAGAUGAUCUGAAAAUAGCCAGGAUUCCACUUUGCUAACCAUGCAAUUCCAGAAUAGCCUGGUCCCUACUUGUUAACCAUGAGUAACCUACUAUCGAAGACUAUUUUCUAGAAAAGCAAAACAUCUUUCUUGUAACUAAUUGAGUAGAGACAGCAUUAAGCUUUUUUGCAGAUAUUUUAAAAGUCAAAGUUUAUAUAGCACUACAAAUAGUCACACAGGUUUCUUGAUAUAUCCUUUUUUUUUCCUUCCUAAAACUGUAAUAUCUAUUUGAAGACCCUGUGAAGAGUUUUUACAAGUUUUUGGGUUUGUUUUUGUUCAGUGUGUGUGUUUUCUUUAAGUGAUUGACACUCUGGAAAAUUCUAGCCACGUGAGUCAUUUUGCAGUUGGCUCUUCAGUUAGGGCGUGUUAGUAUUUCUAUGACAGGAGUAAGUUAACUGAAAAUAAGUACAAUAAUAAAUACAAUUUAAUAUGAAACCCAGGGAACCUUGCUGCUUACUGGAUGGUGUUCAAAGGUUAUAGAAUAAAAUGAUUUGAAUAUAUGUAAAAACUUUCUCAAGUUUCACGUAUUACAUUUCGUUGGUGCACAAAACAGCCUGUGCUUCGCUCAAUGGGCUUUUGAAGCAAAACUUAUGAAGAGACCUCUGAAAGCAAGGCAAGAUGUUAAAAUCUAUAUUGUUUAGCUUUUGGGGCUGGCAGUAUCACUUAGUUCAUGUGGAAGCGGUGUAGUUCAGUGGUGAUAAAGGCUUGGCUCAUUCUACAGUAAUGUUCCAGAGAACUCGGAAAUUGCUGAAAAUAGAGUAUCAUAAAAAAAAAAAACAAACACCCAACUGCAGUCAGAAGUACACUGAGCUUCAUGCAGUAAUGAUAAGGGCUAUCUAGCACUAGCAGCUAUACUGCUGAAAUACUGAGAGCUCCAUAUUUCUGUAUGAUUUGAAACAGUCAACAUGGAUUUUUCACGACUUCACAUGUAUACUCCUCCCCAAUGUGUGCCAGAGAACACUGGCUAUACAUAUGCACUCAGUUCAAGUUAUUCUUCAGAUGCUUUGGAUUUUGAAAUUGAACACAAAAUAGAUCCAGUAUUCGAUUCACCAAGGAUGUCACGGCGUAGUUUACGGUUAGCUGCUGCAGGAUUUAAUAAAACAGAUGGUGCCCGAAGUGAUACCCUUCGUGACAGCUCUUACUCUGGAAACAUGACUUUCAGAGAACAGUCUAAGGUGGUAAGGCAGCGCAAAAGUACAAAUAAACAAUCUGGCAGUGUGAGAGAGACACCAAGGAAAACCCUAUUCAGCUCUCCCAUUUAUAGCCAAAGCAGUUUCAAUAGCCAUACCACUGAUGCAUCCAUGGUGUCCACGGUGUUGGAUGAAUCUUCGAUUCGAGAGCAGACAGAAGUUGAUCAUUUCUGGGGUCUUGAUGACGAUGGUGAACCUAAAGGUAGUGAUACUAUGUUAACACAGGGAAAUGGAGAUAUAGCAACAGCAGAAGCGCAGACCACAAUGAUAAAUGGCUACACUUGCAGUGAUUGCAGUAUGCUUUCUGAACGGAAGGAGGCUCUUACAGCAAGAUCAGCUUCUUGUAUGCCAUCUUCCAGAAUUUACUCUAGGGACAGGAGCCAGAGACAUGCAUCUAGGGGCACCUAUUUCUUCAUGAGUAAGAUUCUGCGAUUGGUCAAACAUACUGCAACAUCUUUUGCAUCCCUAUUAGUGCAACUAUUUCAAAUGGUUUUGCUGAAGCUGAGUUAUGAAUUUAAAGCUCACUCAGAUUACUGUGGAAGCAUGAAUGUAAAGGAAUUUUACAGAGAGGAUAGCCAUCUUGGUGUGAAUGAGGAAUCAAUAUGUGAUGACUGUAAGGGGAAGAAACAGCUUGAAACAUACAGCACAGAGCACAUGCAAUCUUCAAAGGCUAAAAGGGUAGCAAGGACCAUUUCGCACACCUUUUCUUAUGCAGGUUACUUUAUGCUUCACGUGUUGCGAACAGUGGGAGCAACCGGAUGGCUUGUGUCUCAGAAGGUGUUGUCUCUACUUUGGCUGGCCAUUCUUUCUCCAGGGAGGGCAGCUUCUGGCAUGUUCAGGUUGCUUAGAACUGGCUGGUAUCAACUUGUUACUUUGCUGUCGUUGCUCAAGGUGUUUCUUCUUAGAAGAUGCCUUCCAAAGAUUUUCAAGCUAUUACUGUUUGUCAUCCCACUGCUGUUUCUAUUAGGUAUAUGGUUCUGGGGUUUUGAUGGCUUCGUUUCAUUAUUGCCUGUGUUGAACUGGACAAGAAUUGAUAAAGUACAGAGAAUAGAUGACUCAAAUUAUGUUCCUGAGCCCCAGCCUGAUUCUUCCCAUACUGUACAGCCUACAAAGGGUACCAUAAAUAUCUUUGAUUCCGGUCGUAUAAGUGAGCUGGAAAAGCAAAUGGCCCUCGUGUCUGAUAGAUGCCAUCACCACGAUGAAGAAUACAGCAAAGUGAUGCUUCUACUCCAUAAUCUUCAAGAUCAGGUUGCCCAGAUGGGUGACAGAAGUGAAAUAUUGAAGCUAAUAAAAAAUGUGAUGGAUCAACAUCUUAAAGAGAUAAAACUGGAGGAAAAGACUGACUUCCUGGCUUUACAUCAAGAACAUGAGCUGCGCAUCGUGAUGCUGGAAGAUCUUCUUAAAAAACUGUCUGCUGAAUCUGAGGACAUUCAGAAGGAGCUUGACGUAGCCAAAGCAAAAACAGUAAGAGAGGAUGAACAUAAUCAACUUUUAUCCAGAGUUAAAAAGCUAGAACUAGAGUUGUCUCAGGUGAAAUCGGAGCUGUUAACUGGGGAAAGUGUGAAGACGAGUUGUGAGAAAAUAGAUGUCAUUCAUGAAAAAGUAGAUGCCCAGGUUAAAGAAUCUGUCAAGAUGAUGUUUUUUGGUGAUCAACACGAGGACUUCUCUGAAUCACUUCUCCAAUGGCUUACAUCCAAUUUUGUGACCAAAAGUGAUCUGCAGACUCUGCUGCGGGAUCUAGAGUUGCAGAUCCUCAAGAAUAUUACUCAACAUAUGUCUGUUACAAACCAAAGAAUAACAUCUGAAGUAGUAACAAAUGUUGUGAACAAUGCAGGGAUCUCUGGAAUCACGGAAGCGCAAGCACAGAUUAUUGUAAACAAUGCACUGAAACUCUACUCUCAAGACAAGACUGGUAUGGUGGAUUUUGCCUUAGAAUCUGGAGGUGGCAGCAUUCUGAGUACUCGCUGCUCUGAAACCUAUGAGACCAAAACAGCAUUAAUUAGCCUCUUUGGAAUUCCUUUAUGGUACUUCUCUCAGUCUCCCAGAGUGGUGAUUCAGCCGGACAUGUAUCCAGGAAACUGCUGGGCUUUCAAGGGAUCGGAGGGGUAUCUUGUAGUUAGACUUUCCAUGAAGAUCUAUCCAACUGCCUUUACGAUGGAACACAUACCAAAAACACUUUCACCAUCAGGAAAUAUCACCAGUGCUCCUAGGAACUUUUCAGUAUAUGGUUUAGAUGAUGAAUAUCAAGAAGAAGGUGUACUUCUAGGACAGUACAUCUACGAUCAAGAAGGAGAGCCACUGCAGAUGUUUCCAGUGAUGGAGAAGAGUAACAAUGUAUUCCAAAUAGUGGAACUGAGAAUUCUCUCUAACUGGGGACAUGCUGAAUAUACAUGUCUUUAUCGGUUCAGAGUGCAUGGGAAACCUGCCGAAUAAUCUACACUACAGCUUGGGUUGCUUUAUUGUACAUUUUGUUCUCAAUUUGUAUAUACCGGAAAGCCUAGAACACUGGAAUCUUUAAAGGACGAGGAUGCAAGAUAUAUACUACGGAAUUACCAAUCCUCUGAUAAAGGCAGAAGACUGUCAGCAGAACUGUAUAAAAUAAAAUUUAUUUGCUCUCAUGCUCAGCUUGUAAUAGCCAGUUAGCUUCAUAUUUUUGUGUCCAUGCUGAGAGAAAUAAUGCAUGCAAACUACUCUGGUUCUUAAAGCGCAGUUAGCAAACAGGUGAUAUACCUAUUUUAUUACAAAUGAAUGUAUAGGGUUUUUAAAAAGAAUAAAAACCACACUUUUCUGCAACUAGGAUCUUUUUUUUUUAAUUCAGGACUCAACUGCAUAUUUGUUAGCUUGGCACUGUAAGACAAAUAACGUAGUACACUUUGAACACCGACUGUGGCUAAAGGUGUCCUUCAGUUGACCUUUUUUGUCCUUCUGCGGGAUCUAAAAGGGCUUAUUCAAUAAAUGUUGACUGCUUAACAAAUAUUACUAUCAGGGAAAGUUAACACAACCAAAACUAGUUUAAACACCAGCGACUGAGAAUGCUUUACUGCAACUUGUGGCCAUGAAUUGUUCUAAAAGUCAGGGAUAACUUCUUAAAGUUACUUUAAGGGUUUUUACCAUGGCAACUUGAUUAGUAAACAGUAUACAGCAGUUAAACUAAGCAAUUUAGGAGGCUUAUCAGCUCUCAUACGAGCAGUACAUCUAUCAAGGCUGAUUUGGAACUAACCCUAGAGAAGGAAAAUCUUAAUUUGUCAAAAAAUACCUUUGUAACAAUUCCUUAAUCUGGUUUAUUUUAUAGUCAGUAAAUGUUGUGCUGUGAUAAUGCAGGACGUGGAAAAUACAACUGAAGUAGAGCUCGUUAUUUAACAUGUACAGGACUGAGUUAUGCUCAGUGCUGCUCAGUACUGCUGUAUUGGAAUCUAUGGGAUAUAUGGGUGUUCCUGAGAUCCUCCCCUGAAACUGAAGAAGAUGAGAGUGGUGUCUCAGUCUCACUACAUUUCUGUGUAGGUGUUGAGACUGCUUUAGGGCCGGCCUCCUUUGGGAUUGCUACUUUUGAAGAUCCUUUUCAGAAAAGACUCCUAAAAUGCACUUGUGUGCAGAAUUUUUAUCUUGCUAUUACAACGCAUUUUAUAGCUACCUGUGAACUGUUAACACACUGAACUGCUGACUGGUUUUCUGAAUAGAGCUAUGUAUGUUGCACAAGAGUCCUCGAAUGUUUGAAGUCUCUGGGUGAAGAACUUUUUUUUUCACUCGAGCUAGAGACAGAACCUAUGGCCUAUGCAGAGGAGUUAGAUUACAUGUGUACAGGUGUUUUCAUAUUCUAUGUUACAUAUUUAAAAUUAGAAUUAUCCUGUAUAAAUUGAAAUUAGGUAGCUAGGGUGGGAAUAUUUUGAAUAACACUAACUUAUUUUUAAAAAAGCAAGAUAGGACUUUGUGCAAUGUAUUUUUGUAAAUGCUUUUCAAAUCGUCUGUUACUUUGCUGCCUCCAAAACUGACAAGAUGCUAUUGAAAUGUUUAAAUAAAGAGUUUUAAUUUUUGAAAGUGCAUGUAAUAUUUGAAAUAAGAAAUAAAGAUUCUUUUUCUGUA